AAAAAAAAGAUCAUAAAGAAAUAGAAUAAAAUGGAAGCUCGUUAUUAUUAUUACGACGAUCGUUCUUCCAUCAGUUCUUCAUGGCCAUGCUCGAAGUUUCACGAAAGAAGACGCGAGAGAUCAAGGAUCGAAUUCGGUGCUAAGAAGAAAGCUUUUACCUUCGAUCGGAUCGAAGAAAAAAGAGAGGUCGCGAUGCCUGAACUCAGAGACUUCGAUGGUGAACGGCUCGCGUGUGAAUGCCGACCGGAAUCUUCUGCCGUAUUGACGAGUGACGCGUACGCGGGUGAUGAAGAUAAUGAUCUACAAAUCUCUAAUUCUUCGUCUUCUACUACUAUUACUACUACUACUACUACUACUACUACUACUACUACUACUUCCAUCGAUACAUCAUUUUCAUCGCUUCGUUGUAUCAAGAAGAAGAGAAGUUUCCCGAUUUAUAUUCUACCAAGGAUGGCCACACUUUUUAUCUUCUUCGUUUGCAUUCUCAUGCAGGAUGGACAGUCAACUUACGCGGCAUUCACAACCGUUACCACUGCACGAGAUCCUGAGUUCGUCUCUGAAAUAGGAAAUAUCACGGUACCGGCAGGACGUAACGUUAAACUGGCAUGCAGCGUGAAGGAUUUGGGUACGUUCAAGGUGGCCUGGAUGCUCUUCGACAAGAGCGCCAUUCUGACGGUACAGAAUCACGUUAUUACCAGGAACCCGAGAAUAUCUGUGUCGCACGACGAACAUACAACCUGGUACCUACAUAUCAAUAACGUGCACGAGGAUGACAAGGGAAAAUACAUGUGCCAGAUUAAUACGGCUGCGGCCAAAACACAAUAUGGAUAUUUGCAUGUCGUUGUUCCACCGAAUAUCGACGACUCGCAGAGUUCCUCAGAUGCUAUUGUACGAGAAGGUGCAAACGUAACUUUGACGUGCAAAGCAACCGGAAGUCCAAUGCCCAGCAUUCGUUGGAAAAGAGAUGACAAUUCGAAGAUCACGAUCAAUAGAAGUCUCUCCGUGCUCGAAUGGGUGGGAGAGACGCUAGAAAUGGAGCGCAUUUCUCGACUAGACAUGGGCGCUUAUCUCUGCAUCGCUAGCAAUGGUAUUCCGCCUACGGUCAGCAAGCAGAUCAAGGUGUCCGUUGAUUUUCCCCCUAUGCUCUCAAUACCGCACCAAUUGGUUGGCGCGCCCUUAGGUUACUCCGUCAAGUUGGAAUGUUAUACCGAAGCUCAUCCGACUUCUUUAAAUUAUUGGACCAGAGAGGACAAGCACAUGAUUCACGAUAGCGGCAAAUACAAGGUCGUUUCUACUUCUGAGGUGCCAUCUUAUAAGACCCAUAUGACCCUCGAAAUUUAUGACAUUCAGAUGGAGGAUUACGGUGCUUACAAGUGCGUAGCGAAAAAUCCACGGGGCAAUACCGACGGCGUCAUUCGGCUGUACAAAUCACCACCACCGAGCACCAGUCCAAGCCCAUCGACCACUGAGAUUCCUAGAAAAGAUUGGGAACCGAUAACGGAGCUGAACAAUUCCGUUUAUGCGAAUCCAAACUCAUUGACGAUUCACAAUGAGAAGAGUAUGAAAAUGAGAAACAAGUUUCAGUCGAACUUAAACGAGAUCGGAAAGUCGGAACAAAAGUCGAGCGACUUGGACAGGAAAAGGAAUUACAAUUGGCCUCCUGACGACAACGAUGCCGCAGUUUGCGUCGGUACGACAGGUGCGGCGAUAACACUGAGCCUAAUCAUGACGACGAUUAUUCGAUAAGUUCGAAACUGCAAAAGGGACCUCCGACGUCCGCUUAUUCUGUAAUUAUGGACUACGUUAAUACAAAGGAAAUAAAAUAAAAUAAAGAGUUAACAAGAAAAACAAAAAAAAAAAAAAAUACAACAAAAAAAAAAAAGAAAGAAAAAAGAAAAACACGUACACGCGAGAUUAGAGACCCAAAUACACAUACACAUAGAAAUACACAGACAUGAUUGUACACGAAAAAGGCAUAAAGACUGACCGAGUAGUUAGUGUCGUAUAAAAAAAGAAAAGAAAAGAAAAGAGAAAAAAAAAUACAGAAGUAGAAGAAGAAGAAGAAGAAGAAGAAGAAGAUGAUGAAAAAGAAAAAUCAAUAUGUAACGAGACGAAAGGACGUAGGUGUGAAAUUUAUUAUGAAAUUUGAUUAUGCGUGUCGAGAAAUAAGUGCAAACGAGAUAAGUGCGACGAAAGGAAGAUGAGAAAUUAAAAGAAAAAAAAAAAAGAAAAAAAAAAAAAAAAAACAAUAACAACAACAACAACAAAAAAACAAAACAAAAAAAGAAAAACACAAACAAAACAAAAACAAGGAACGAACGAAACGAGACGAACGAUUAAUGGCAAAUCACAAAGUGCAACGACUAUCGCUUUCAAUGUAAAAUAUUGUAUAACGCCGUAAUAUAUCAGUAAAUGAAAGAAAAAAAAAAAAAAAAGAAAAAAAGAAAAAAAAAAAGAAAAAAAAAAAAAAAAGAAAAAAACAAAAAAGAAAUAUUCAUGCCGCGCCAACAGAACCCUCCCCUACAGAUCGGCACAGCGAAGAGAGAAGGUCGUUUACGUAUGCGAAUUGAUUCUCCUUUUUUUUUUUUUUUUUUUUUUAUAUUUCCAUAUUCUAUUGCAUCAUGUCACUAUAUUAGAAAGAUUUUUCAACAAUUUAUCGUUUCUUCAUUUGCAAUAUAUCGAAAGCAAACAUCGAACUAUUCGUUCGUUAGACUUCAAGGAUGAAAUUAUUUUCUCUCUUAUUAUUGUCGUUGUU